UUUCGGGUUUUAAGUUGGGCUGGUGCAAACCCAGACACAAACCCAAAAAAAGGCCAGCCCAGCCCAAACCCGGCCCAACAAACAGGUCUCCCCUGGUCUGAAGAAAAACCCUAGCUACUGCGAUUUCAACGUCUUCUUCGUCGAAUCAAAACCCUGAACCCCGAUCAGCCCAGAAGAGGUAUUGCAGGCAAGAUAGAAUAAGAAAAAGAUGCAGAAUCUGCAUCGCAUUUUAUUGCAGCUCUCUUCUGCUUCCCGUAGCACGAGUGCAGUAGGAUUUCUGAAAGAAACCACAUCAAGGGAUGUAACGUUCGCAUCAAAUUUUAAGCUUUCAAAGGCUCGGGUAUUUUCAGUGAAAUCUGGUGGUGGGGAUGGAGAUGAAGGUGGUGAUCAAUGGGGGAAAACACCAGAAACUCCUAAUGAUUUGGGUUGGGAUGUUGAGUCAUCAUGGUCUACUGGACUGACCAAGGACCAUUUUGAUGGAGAAGCUGUUGGGCGUCAGAUUGAUUCCACUGCUGCCUGUUCUGAAGGAGGCGGACCACCCCGAACCGUAUUAAGAGAAAUGGAUGAGUUAGAUAGUAAACUGGCGGAACUUGAGGCGGAGAACCGAAAGGGCAAGGCAUAUGUUGAUGGAUGGGGCGAGAGGAUGAGGAACAUGUCUGUGCUGUUGAAGCAGGUUCGCGAGCCUGGUGCAAGAGGCUCUUAUCUGAAGGACUCAGAGAAGGCAGAGAUGUAUAGACUGCACAAGGAGAAUCCAGAGGUCUACACUGUUGAGAAGUUGGCCAAAGAUUAUAGGAUCAUGAGGCAGAGAGUGCAUGCCAUUCUGUGGCUGAAGGAGCUUGAGGAGGAAGAGGAGAAAAAGCUCGGGCACCCUCUGGAUGACUCUGUCGAGCUCUUGCUCGAUACCUGUCCUGAAUUUUUUAAUUCCCAUGACAGGGAAUUCCAUGUAGCAUCCCUUCCAUACAAACCCGACUUCAAGGUUAUGCCUGAAGGUUGGGAUGGCACCACUAGAGAUCCAGAUGAAGUUCAUCAUGAAAUAUCACAGAAGGAAGAUGAAAUGCUAUAUCAAGAAUUUGUUCAAAAGAUGAACUUCAACAAAAAGAAAAUGGCAGGGGAGGUGAAAUGCCAUAAAUACAGCCGGAGGCGAUCUGCGGAAGGAUGGAAUAUCAUGGUUGAGAAACUGGGGCCACAAGGAAAGCGUGGAAAUGGUGGUGGCUGGAAAUUUAUUAGCCAACCAGAUGGAUCCAGCCGGCCCUUGAAUGAAAUGGAGAAGAUGUACGUGAAGAGGGAGACUCUCCGCCGACGACGCAAGAUUCUCCCUUGAUGACUCUUUCAGAACUCACUAAUGAAGCUUUUGUUUUUCAUCAAUGGGUAUAAUAAACUCUUGCUUUUAGGGUUAAGAAUUUUGCCAAACUGGUAGAUGUGCAGUUCGAUAGUUGGGAUUGUCUUGAUGUUGUGUAUUACAUGGUUCAGAUUCGGGUUGUUAUCAGCACCAUUUUUAUGAGGAAACAUUAUAUUAUCAGGUUCAAAUCAAAAGCUCCAAAUAAAAUGCCAGAUCUUAGUUGCA